AUGCUGUUGCCUCACGUGGCCCUCCCCAGUGUGUUGUGGAUACUGCUUUCCUGUCUAAUGCUCCUAUCUGAUGUUCAAGGUGAAGAUUCUCAGAAAAAACAACAUGCUUCAUAUUUCAGUAUAUCCAGCUGUCCUGAAGGCUCCAAUUUCUAUGACUCCCACUGCUAUGCCUUGUUUCUGGAGCCAAAAACCUGGAAUGAUGCAGAUUUGGACUGCCAGAUGCUGCCUUCAGGACAUCUUGUGUCUUUGGUCAGUGAGGCAGAAGGAUCUUUUGUGGCAUCCCUGGUGAAGACCUCUUCACACAACUAUUCGAAUAUCUGGAUUGGACUUCAUGACCCCUCAAUGGGCUUGGAACCCAAUGCACGUGGAUGGCAGUGGAGUAACACAGAUGUGCUUAAUUACCUUUCUUGGGAGAGAGAUCCCGCCACCAUAUCAAACCCUGGUUACUGUGGGACCCUGUCACGAAACACAGGGUUCCUGAAAUGGAAAGACUAUAACUGUGAUCAGAAACUACCCUAUGUUUGCAUGAUGAAGAACUAG